GUUACAAUCAACACGAAGAAGAAACAUCAGCUAGCAAAACAUUUUGACUGAAAGAUAAACCGUUUUAUAUAACAAUGGCUAAUUUCUCUAAUAACGAUGAUUUGUUUGACUCGAUUAUAAUGGCGGAUAACAGAUUUCAUAAUGAAGCUUAUCAAGAAGGAUUUGAUGAGGGAAUUCGACAAGGAACUAUCGAGGGCAAAAACCACGGGCGUCUGCACGGAGCAAAACUCAGUGCAGAGGUUUCCUUUUAUUAUGGAUUUGCGUUUGCAUGGAAGUGUCUCCUUCAAGACAGUAGUGAUAUUAAAGCAAGGAAGAGGCUAAAAGCUGUGGAGUCUUUGGUUAAAGUGAUUCAGAAGUAUCCAUAUGAAGACCCACAGUAUGAAAAACUUCAAGAGGACAUGACAACAGUGCGGGCCAAGUUUAGACAGGUUUGCUCUGUACUGAAUGUUACAACAGACUUCAGAGAAUACGUGAAUGGAUCAACAGACAUGUCCUUCUGAGACUCCAAGAGCUUUUCAAAAUCUUUGGAAGAAAACUCUUUGGGGCCUCGAGUACACAAAGGUUACCUGCUGACCGCCAGUAUUGGGGAUGUACUGGGUGUAGAUGUGGAUGAGUAGACACAUCAUUCGUGUCGGCCGUGUUUCUGAAUGGUUAAUUAAGCAGAGUGAUUGGAUGGAAUGGAAAAGUUUGAGUGUCCUAACUCAGGAUUUUAAUAAUGGCGAGGAAUUUUAAAGUUAUAUGUUUUUAGGAAAAAUGGCACAAAUCUGAUUUGUUGCUCAGUUUGAGUAAUAGACGACAACUUAGAAAGAUAUUAAAUAUUUAGCCUUUUCCUAAAUUACUAUGAUGGUGAAAUUAAUUGCCUGUACAAGAAUGCUGUAGUGCCAUCUUGUGGUGAAAUUAAAGAAUACUUCAAAUUAAGUGGCGCCGCCUGCUGGCUUGACGCAAGUACUGCGGGGUUCUCUCUUCAUGAGACAUCCAAAAUGUAUGAGCAUAGGUGUGGGAUAUUUUAAAAAGAAAUGUUUAAUCCGUUGUACUAAUUAUUUUCAUACAUUUAAUAGAGUUUUUUUACUUUUUGGUAUAGCUGAUAGACAUUUCAUAAUAAAAUGACAUUCGUCCCUAAA